AUGUCGAAAACAGAUGGCUAUAGCAAUGAGGUGCCCAGGGGAAAUAUAUUUGCUUUAUUGGGUCCAAAUGGGACCGGAAAGACCACAUUAAUCCGUACUAUAUUGGGACGACUCCGGUACAAAAGUGGCUCAAUCAGAGUGUUUGGCGUAAAAUCCGGCUCCGACUACUCAGACAUACCGGGGCCGGGGGUCGGGUAUAUGCCUCAAGAGUUGGCUUUGUUCGAGGAAUUCACGAUUGAAGAGUGUCUCACAUAUUACGGCACUAUAUAUAACCUGAACGCAGAGGACAUGCAGAUCAGGAUUGACGCGUUGAUGCAGUUAUUGAAUUUGCCUGAAAAGACCAGACCUGUCAGUCAACUCAGUGGCGGCCAAACAGUGAUAAUAACGACUCAUUAUAUAGAGGAGGCCCGGAGUGCGGCUCAGGUGGCGUUCAUGAACUCCGGCACUAUAUUGAAACAGUCGGCGCCCAACCAACUCAUGUCGGAAUACCAGUGCUCAACCCUGGAGGAGGUAUUUCUACGUCUUUGUCAACGGGAUAUACAACGCCGUAAAAGCCGACAAAUGAGUUUAGUUCAGGCCUUAAGUACUGUAAGAAUCGGUGAAAUCCUCGAAGAUGUGGAGGAAUCGCCCAAAAAUGGACACAAACUCAAUAAAAAGCUAAUAGAGGUGUCGCGUAUUAAGGCGAUGCUCUGGAAAUACUACGUACUGGCCCUUAGGAGACCCAUGUUUCUCAUCAUGUAUUACAUGAUACCCAUCGUAGCCCUGGUCACCAUGAACUGGACAAUCAGUCAGAGUCCGUAUAACAUACCGGUGGCCAUAUAUAACGCCGAUCUGAAUCCCAAACUGUCGCAGCUAUACAUAGACUCUAUAGAUAAGGAAUACCUGCGGCUAACGGAAUACCCCGAUAACGCCAGCGCUUUUGAGUCGGUGGUUAAG